UUCUUCUUUUCUCCUUUUAGUUCUUUUCCUUCUCUAAACUAUGACCCUGUUGUCAGAGGACCAGUCUAGCAGGCCCCAACCCUGCCUGCUCUCGGAGCCUAGCAAACACAUCAGCACAUCUUUGCACCAGUACUCAACAGACUACACUGGCUCCAAAGAGGACUUCAUGGAAAGUGGGGAGAACGCUGUAUUCGCAGCCAUGGAACCUCCCAGACGCUCUCUGGGUCGGCUUAUUCUCCACAGCUUGGUAAUGUUCGGUAGGGAAUUCUGUUACGCUGUGGAGGCAGCAUUUGUCACGCCGGUGCUUCUGAGUGUGGGCCUGCCACGCAGUCUGUACAGCCUAGUGUGGCUGAUCAGCCCCAUCCUGGGCUUCCUGCUCCAGCCCAUCAUCGGCUCAGCCAGCGACUACUGCCGUUCACCAUGGGGCCGCCGGAGGCCGUACAUCCUGGUCCUUGGUAUCCUCAUGUUGGUGGGAAUCAGUAUGUUCCUCAACGGAGAUGCUGUCAUUUCAGCGAUAGUCAGUGACAGGUCGCUGAAGAGCACAUGGGCCAUCGUUGUGGUGAUGUUUGGGGUUGUGCUGUUUGACUUUGCUGCAGAUUUCAUUGAUGGGCCCAUCAAGGCCUAUCUGUUUGAUGUCUGCUCAUACCAAGACAAGGAGCGAGGUCUGCAUUACCAUGCUUUAUUCACAGGACUGGGUGGUGCUUGUGGUUACCUGGUGGGAGCCAUGGACUGGGGCCACUCUGUGUUGGGUCGGCUGCUGGGCUCUGAGUACCAAGUCAUCUACUUCUUCUCUGCAAUCACCUGGGGCAUCUUCCUCAGUGUGCACCUUUUCAGUAUUCCAGAAAAACCUCUGGCCAAGGAUCAGUCUUAUACCUCAGCUCCUAGUACCCUUCGCUUACUAAGUUAUCACAAUAAUGGUUAUGGAGCACUUGGUAAAGAGCCCGCCUCUCCGGCUGUCCCAGUAUCUGUCACAGACAUCAGGCCAAGAUCCUACUCAGCCCUUGGGGAAAGACCCAGAUCUUUCUCAACCCUGGUGGAAAGGCCAAGGUCCUUCUCAGCUCUGGGAGAGGCCAACUCGGUGACCUCCAGCUCCAAGCAGCCAAAUAAGGAACAGAAGAGGAUGACGUUCAAGUCACUGAUGAAAGCCAUCGUCAACAUGCCAAGCCACUACCGCUGUCUGUGUGUCAGUCACCUCCUGGGAUGGGCAGCUUUUCUCUGCAACAUGUUGUUUUUCACUGAUUUCAUGGGGCAGAUUGUAUAUAAGGGAAAUCCUUAUGCAGACCACAACUCUACAGAGUAUGCCACAUAUGAAAGAGGAGUAGAAGUUGGUUGCUGGGGGUUGUGUAUUAACGCGGUGUCUUCUGCUCUCUAUUCAUAUGUGCAGCGUUUCCUCCUCCCAUACAUCGGCCUGAAGGGAUUAUACUUUAUGGGCUACUUUGUGUUCGGCAUGGGCACAAGCCUAAUUGGCCUCUUUCCGAAUGUCAUCGCCACGCUCAUCCUCUGCAGUGUGUUUGGCGUCAUGUCCAGCACGCUCUACACAAUCCCAUUCAACCUGAUAGCAGAGUAUCAGCGUGAAGAAGAGGAACAACUGAAGCUACAAGGAAGUAAUAAAAGCCCCCGAGGCAUCGGGAUGGACUGCGCGGCUCUCACCUGCAUGGUUCAGCUGGCUCAGAUCAUUGUAGGUGCGGGGCUUGGGGCUCUGGUCAAUGCCGCAGGAAGUGUCAUCGUUGUGGUCCUCUCAGCUUCAACCAUGUCCCUUAUUGGCUGCAUGUUCAUCACUCUCUUUAUCAGAUCUGUGGAAUGAUAUGGCUUGAAAGACGACU